GCUUCAAGCGUCAACGUCGUCGUUGUUUUGAUGACGCGAUACGUCAGGGCACGUCGCGCUAACCCAGGGGCGGGCCGUCCACGCAGCAAACGGUCAUGCUGAUAGGUGACCUGUUUCCAUCUCACGAUAAUGGCGGAGCAGAGUGCCGUGGUUAUGCAGCAGAACUUGGACAGGAGCUGCUGGGUGUGCUUUGCCACCGACGAGGACGACCGCGCGGCCGAGUGGGUCCGUCCAUGCCGCUGCCGGGGCUCCACCAAGUGGGUGCACCAGUCGUGCCUGCAGCGCUGGGUGGACGAGAAGCAGCGCGGCAACAGCACGGCGCGCGUGGCCUGCCCGCAGUGCAACGCCGAGUACCUCAUCGUCUUCCCCAAGCUCGGCCCGGUGGUGUAUGUGCUGGACCUGGCCGACCGGCUCAUCUCCAAGGCGGGGCCCUUUGCGGCAGCGGGCAUCAUGGUGGGCUCCAUCUACUGGACGGCGGUCACCUACGGGGCCGUGACCGUCAUGCAGGUGGUGGGCCAUAAGGAGGGCCUGGACGUGAUGGAGCGGGCGGACCCCCUGUUCCUGCUCAUCGGCCUGCCCACCAUCCCCGUCAUGCUGAUCCUGGGGAAGAUGAUCCGCUGGGAGGAGUACGUGCUGCGGCUCUGGAGGAAGUACUCCACCAAGCUGCAGAUCCUCAACAGCAUCUUCCCAGGGCUGGGCUGCCCGGUACCCCGUAUCCCGGCGGAGGCCAACCCGCUGGCGGACCACGUGUCCGCCACACGCAUCCUGUGUGGCGCGCUGGUGUUCCCCACCAUCGCCACCAUCGUGGGGAAGCUCAUGUUCAGCAGCGUCAACUCCAACCUCCAGAGGACCAUCCUGGGAGGCAUCGCCUUCGUGGCCAUCAAAGGGGCCUUCAAGGUGUACUUCAAGCAGCAGCAGUACCUGCGGCAGGCCCACCGCAAGAUCCUCAACUUCCCAGAGCCGGAGGAAGCCUAACGGGUCCGUGGUGGGGGGGAGGGGGAGUGUGAAGGACAGACAGAAGAGCAGAAGCCAGUGACCGACACAGACCACACCUCCUCCCUGAUGUCAUCGUGCUGCUGCUGCUGCAACCCACAUUCAACGCUAGGAUGAUCACCAAACCCACUGCCAUCGCACUUGUGUUUUUAAUGACUGUUUGACGCGACCGCGAGCUGGGGACGGACACGUGAGACUUUGAGGGCAGCGCCCGGCGGCACAUGUUGCACAAACACACGACACAAGCGCUUCUCUCCAGGAAGGUACUGCGGGUGUGUUGCUGUGUGCAAAGCAAUCACUCCUCCAGUACCCCUGUCAACUUGUAUGAACGUAUUUUAUGAUGAUCGGGGAAGAAAUAAAUGACGCAGGCACAUGUAUUUAGAAAGUUUUAUAAAAGGAAAUUAUUAAUAAAUUGUUUUAUAAUGUUUGUUUUUCAGAUUUAAAAAGUCCCCUUUACUCAGGUAAAGGGGAGGUGUCAAAUAAAUAUUAUUAUUUUAUGUGUUGAAUGUAUUAGUGAUGAAUAAAAUGCGUUAACAAAUGAGACUUAAAUGAUUAACCACAACUACCAAGCGUUAAGCUAGAGGAAAACUAACCGCUUCUUCAACCUGCGCCGGAAGGCCGAGAGCUUACGUUCUCUAACCUGUGACUGUCUGCUCCGUAUUAGUCUACUUUAACCUAUUGAACCACGGCCACCAAUAGGCUGCUUAAACGCUGGCAUUUCAGACACUUCCUUCAAUGCAAGGUUUCGGAUUAAGCUACAUGUUGGUAGAAGCGGGCCCUGGCGACUCAGGGAAGAGAAGCUGUUAUACGAUUAUUUUCAUUCUGUGAAGAAAGCUCAGAGGGCUGUGCCGAGACGACUGGAUCUCUCCAAGACACCCAAGAUGACUUCAGGGCAAUCGGCACACCUCCCCAGGUGAUGGGAAGCAGGCCCAGCGCGGUUCCUUCCCAGAAGUGUUUUCUUUCAGAGCCUGUCCAGUGACGUUCUCUCCCCUGGUGUUUAUGUUCCGCUUUCAGUUUUAAGUGCAAUUUCCAUUUUUUUUUUCCCCCCCGCUCUUGUUUUGAAAUCUGGUGACUCUUUUGGCUUGAGUGACUUCAAGGCCAGGCCCGGGUGAAAGCCUUCUUUGGACGAUUGGUUGGUAAUUAUCUAAACAUCUGGAUCAGGACAUGUACGUCUGAUUUAGGAAAUCCAUCAGUGGCACUAUUCUGAUGUUAAUCAUGUAAAAGAUUUCACAUUUCUUGGAGCAAAGACAAUAAAUCGACUGCAAAGCUUUAUGGUUAAUGGUCUCCUGUGUGAUCUUGAUCAAUAUAUAAAAUAAAUUGAAAUGCAUGGGUCAUUGUUAACUGGUCUUCCAUAUGACUUUAGGAAUAAAAUACACGAUUAAUCACGAACCUUUAGUCAUCUGCAUUAACUCUACAGAACCAAGCUAGGUGCACCUUUCUGGCACGGGGAACUGAUGGCAUGACAAGUCUCUUGCUCUCCAAGAUAAUGUAAAGAGGUCCUUGAUGCCAAAAGAGAAGUUUCUAAUCUGUUGAAGAAAAUACAUUAUUCAAUGUCUACCUUCAUGGUCAAUGUGAAUAAAUGUUUUUUUUGUCAAACUGAAGUGGAUGUAACAUUGUUGGGAUUUUUUUUUUAAAGAAGUUGCAAGGAAGAGUUCAAUUACAUCAUUUAUUAAUUAUAAACAGGAGACAAACUACAGUGUUGCAUCACUGGAUAUGAAAAUCGAGGCAAAGUAUGUACCUUUAAUGCUUUAGUUCGAUUGUACACCAUGAUGUACAUUCAACUUUUGGGUGGUCUUGUAAAAUUGGCUUGCCGAAGGCUGGAAUCAUUGGGCAACGUUUGUUGACCUUCUGUUGCUGCUGGUUGACAGUUUCCACCAGAAUCAAUCGUUUCUGUUAACGUUGCAACGGAUCAUGCGCGUAAGAGGUUGCAUUUGGGAUCAAAUCAAAUUCAUUAGGGACGUUAUUCGCUUUGGUUAGUCAAGAAAUAAUAAAAUGCUGGAAAACGCUGGAGAAGUUUUUGGUAACUAAAUAAGCAUUGUUUAUUUGUAUUUUGAAUACUGCAGAUGGUCGAACUACUAGGCCUGAGAGAAACGGUACACGGGUGGAUGAACGAAAAAAAUGACAAAACGGACUUUGGCCAUGAAGUGACAGCAUUUCCCAGCCAGCAGUCUGUUGACUUGGCGAAGGCCGGUUAGCACCUGAGAGAGUCGGGCCACGCCGUCGGCCCAGCGUGACUGCGGUUCCCUGCACUGUGUUCUUCUAGGCUGUGAGAACCAUGGACCUAUUAAAAAAAUGAGAACGCGGUCCGCUGGGAGCACAGCAUGCGGACAUGGCUGUCAUGGCAAUACUAGUCAAUAGUGCGGAGAAAGGUGAUUUUA